AUUUUGGCGAAAAAAAAAUGGAAGGAAAUUCAAAACAGAGUGGAAAUAGUUCUAUCAAAUUCAGAACGCCUCUGCUUGAGAACAAAUCCGAUAAUUGCAUUCUUCUUAAGUUGGAGCAGGAUGGAUUUACUACACCUGACGAAAAAGUAGAAGAACUUAUUAAAAAUUUAACUAAAUUGAAAUAUCUAUACGCCCUUAAAUUACUUUUUGAAAAUCCACUCAACCAGUUUUUACCUGAAGUUCUUCGUAAUUCUUUAGUUGCAUUGGUAGAUCCAUCAUCAUUUGACUAUUAUGAAGAACAGAGUGUUGUCAGACUAGAGACACAUAUACGUACCUUGGUAGCAGUAUUGGAAAAAAUUUGCUUUACACCAAUGCGCCUGAGUAAAGAACUUCGGGAUAAAGUUUAUAAUUCUUUAGCGAAAUUUGCAGAGAUUCAUAAAAAAACAACACAAGUAAUGCAAGAAGGAAUUUAUAACAAUUAUAGACCUGGUUUUAAUCGAUUCAAUCAAACGCAGGAUAAUAGAAAGUAUAAAAAUGUUCACAGUCAAAACUAUAAUAUUGACUUCUUAUUAAUUCACUUACGGGAUACAUUACAUAGUUUGCGUGAUGAUGAGACUUGGUUUCAAGAAAUUAUACGAAGAAUAAUGGAAUUACUCAAGGCUGCAUUAAAUAUUACACCAGGAGUCUUAUCAACAGUAGCACCCGGAGCUGUUCUUCCAAACGAUAAUUGUUCGAUAUUAUCAAUGCUCACUCAAUUACGUAAAGUAUUGAAAUUUAAAUAUCCAGUAGCAUCUUAUUAUAUAGAUUGGAGAAUUAUGUUGAUAAUUCAACAUAACCUUUUUAAUUGGUCUGAUACUGAAAUGGUAAUUAGUAAAAAAUUUCAAGAAAUGAUAUUAAUGGAAUAUAUUUGGAGUUAUUUGGAAAAAGAAUGGAUUGAUGUUGCUGAUAAAUCUAUUUUAGAUUCUCAAUCCAAGUUUGAUGAAGUAUCAAAUAAACUUAUUAAAGUUUUGAGAAAUACAGGAAAUCUCAUCAAUGAUCUUGCUGAAAAUGAACCUCUUGCUUUACCACAUAUUUUAUGGUUCGGAGUAUUAGAUCUUGCACAAAAUCUUAUUCAUAAAUCCACUCGAAAAUCCAUACAUGGCCUCUGUUAUUAUUUAGCAAUUGAAUCACUUAAUAAAGCACCAAGCAAUUUCAUUCAAUUUAAAGCAAUUGAAAUAUUAUUUCAUUUACAAAAUAUUAAUAAUCAAAUGAUUUCCUUGAUUGAAAUUGACUUUGACCAAUACAUUCAAAAAUUAAAAGAAAAUGAUUCAACAACAGAUUCUUCAGAAAAAUUUCAAAAUUUGCUAUCAUUUGUUAAAAAAAAGUGCUCUGAUGAUUUUAAUUUAUUAGAUAAUAAUGUUGAAAAAGGAGAAGGAAAAGGAAAAGGAAAAGAUAAAGAUAAAGAAAUAAGUCCAACAAUUCUAAAUAUAAAAACAAAAAUAUCAAAAUCGGGUGACAUUUUAGAAAUUAUUGCAAAUGAUAUGACUUGUCCAAUUGGUCUUGAGCCAAUAGAUCAAUUAUGUGUUUUAAAAUGCCAACAUAUAUUGUCAUUUAAUAAUUUAAAAAAAUUAAAACAAAAAAAAUGUCCUGAAUGUCAAGAAAAAAUUGAAGAUAAUGAAAUUAAAUAUUUACCGCUGAAUACUAUUUAUAAAAAUUUAUUUCCACGAUUUUUUGAAGCUGGACAUAUUUUACCUUCAAUUGAAUUAGAAGAUAAUUAUAGUGAUUCAAGUGAUUCAGAAGUUGAUUUAAUGUUAUCUAAGAAAAAGAAAAUGCUAAAAGCAAUUAAAUUUAGUCCUAAUAAAUCAUUAAAAUCAAUAUUUCAAAUUGGAAGAAAACAACAUCCAACAUAUAUAAGUGCUAUUAAAGAAUUAGAAGAAAAAAAUUAUAAAAAUGCUGAACAUUGGUGUAAAGAAUUUCUUAAAACUUUUCCAGAAAGUUAUUCAAUAAGAUGUAUUCUAUCUUAUACCUAUAGAUGUCUUAAUAAUUAUGAUCAAGGACAUUUAUAUUUAAAUGAAGCAAUUAAAUUGAAAGAAAAAAUGCCCAAUGCCUGGUAUAUUCGUGGAGAAAUUCAUUUAAGACAGGAAAAUUAUAAUAAUGCAGUAAGAGAUUUAAUGACCUCAAUAAAUUAUAAUGCUAAGAUAAAUAAUUUAUUUAUAAUGCUUGGAAUAAGCUAUCAAAAAGAAUUUGAGAAUGCUUUAAAAAAUUUUAAAAUUGCAUUACAAAAUGAUCCAAAUAAUUAUUUUUGUCUUAAGUAUUGUGCCUAUAUUUAUGAAAAACAGGGAGAAUAUUUUAAUGCUAUAAAAAUAUUGAAUAAAUUACUGAGUAUUAACGAGGGUGAUUCAUUAAUUUUGUGUUAUUAUGGAGAAAUUUUGAGUAAUAUAGGGAAGCAUAAUGAUGCUAUAUUUUAUUUUACAAAAGCGGCUAAUAUAGAUCCAGAAAGUGUUCAUAAUCUAAAUAGAAGAGCUAUUGCAUAUUUUGUUCUUCAAAAAUAUGACGAAGCUUUAUUAGAUCUUAAUAAAGUUAUACAACUAGAUUAUUCUAACAGUUUGGCAUAUUGCUGUAAAGGAUUAACAUAUUAUGCAAUGAAAGAUGUUGAUAAGUCAAUAAUGGCCUUUGAAAAAUGUAUUGAAUUAAAUCCUAAAGAUAAUUCUCAAAAUUUAUCUAAUAUUGAUGAUAUAUCAAAUUACUUUAAACGAAUUAUUAUAAAUAUUGAAUUAAAAAAGUAUGAAGAUGCAGAAUUUGACCUAAGUAGAUUACUUGAGUUAAAUGAUAUUUCGUUUGCUUAUUUAUUACAAAAAUAUUCGGGUUUUUGGUCCUACUUGUGCAACCACUUAUUUUAUCUCGAUGAUUGUGCUCGACUUGGAAUUAUUAAUGAAUUUGAAAUUUAUAUGUAUAAAAAACAACAUGUUUAUUUUAUGACAAAUAUUAUGAAUUUGAAUAAUAAUAAUAACUAUCAAUUUCAAGAAAGUAAUUUAAAUAGGUGCAUAUUAUCUUUUAAAGACAAUAAUUUAAGUUUACCCGAAUUUUCUAUGGUUGACUUAUUGGAUAAACACUAUGAUAUAAUUUGGAAAAUAAAUAUCAAACAAAUAUUUUCAUCAGAUUGUUUUAUUAAAUUUAUAAUUGAAAAAGGCUCUAUUAAAAAGAAACAAGAAUAUGUAUUAAAAUAUGAGGAUAUAUUAAACCUCGAGGGAUUAGGUUGGAUUGAAUAUGUGCUAUUUCAGUCUGUAAACUUAGUAUAUUAUCGAACAAAACUGGUGCAACUUUCAAUUGAGAAGGAUUUUGUUGAUAUGGAAAUAGAAUAUGUUCGAUUUACUAAUAAGCAUCAUGAAAGACGAAUCCAUUUUCCUGAAAUGGGUUGUUUAUUCACAAAUAAUGUUCCAGAAGUUUUUGAAGACAAGUAUUUUUCAAGAAAAGAUGUAGAAAAUUUUCUUGAGUUAAAAGACAUUAUUAGUGACCUAUAAAUUUAAGUAUCAUAGCUAAGAAAUAAAUUUAAUAUUCAAUAAUAUAAAUAAUAAGUAAAAUAUUUGCAAUCAUUAUUUUGAUAAAUAAAUACCGUAAUAUAACGAAAUAAAAAAUAAUUGCGUUUUUUAAAGAGAAUGUCAAAAAAUCACCGGUGGUGAGAAUCACCACCGGUGAUUUUCACCGAUCACACCCACGUUUUUGAUUGGUUACGUAAUUGCGUCAUAAUAAAUGUUUAUUGUUUAUUAUUUCUAGUACUUUAAACCCUUCGCUCAGCUGGUAUGUUUUUCUUUUUUUUUCAUUU